CGCCACUAUUUCGAGCCCUUGUGCUCCUUUCUGUUUUUUUGAUUUAUAUCUGUUUGUGAGAGUCCCUAUUUGUUUUUUUCUAGUAUCCCCUACCCCCAAGCAGCUUUGCUGUCUUGGGGCCCCAGUGUGUGUGUGUUUUUUUUGGAUGGAUUCUUUAAUACUGACCCACGGAACGGACAAGGAACUGAGAUCGGAUAUCCCAGAGAGCGAGAGGAGUAUGGAGAGAAAUACAAAAACGGCACAGACAACUGGAAAGGAAUACGAUAAAGAGAAAGCGAAUGGACAAAACAGAAAAUCAGGAGUAGGAGAACAAAAAAAGGAGGGAGACGGGAAAGGGGUUAAUGGUGAGCGGAGCACGGGUGACACGGGAAAAGUGGAGACGGUGACGCAGCAAGAAAUUGGAGGGAAAAGACGAGACUCUGUGGGAGAAAAGGCUGUAAAUAAAGACCCAAGUGCGGAGAAAGUUGAAGUGACAACCCAAAGGCGAGUAGGAGAUCCUACGCAGAUAAAGAACGGGGAGAGUGGAGUUUAUCUGAAAGAACUGACGGUGGAGGUGGUGGUGGAUGCGGGGAGAGAGAAAGUCACUGUGAUGGACUUACUAAAGGCACUGAAAAGGGACUGCGGAACCGUGAGGGGAUGCAGAAUAAAAGGAGAAAGAAUGUAUGAAGUCACAAUGGCAGAGGAAAGCGGGAAGAGGAAGCUGAUGGAGGGGCUGCGGGUGAAUGGAGCCCUGGUUCAGGGACGGGACAGUUCGUGCAAGGAGAUAACCGUGUCUUUUCUGAACAUCCCAAUCUGCACAAAGGACGAGGUGAUAAAAAGAAGGCUGGAGGAAUGGGGAGUGAGACCGAUGUCAGCGAUUAAAAGAAGAGUGUGGCCGGGCACGGAUGUAGUGGAUGGGACGCGCUUCCUCAGAGUGAGAUUCAAUGAGGAAGUCCGCUCCCUCCCGUACUCAACAAAGUUCAUGACUGAGACGGGCCCGGAGUACUUUAGGGUCUUACAUGAUGGACAGGUGCCGGUGUGCAGGCAGUGCAUUAAACCGGGACAUAUAUUUAGAGAAUGUCCGGAGUUUAAGUGCUUUAAAUGCGGAGAGCAGGGGCAUUUUGCAAGAGACUGUCAAGUGGGGAGAGGGGGAGGAGCCACAAGGAGUGAAGCGGAGAGGCGGAGCGGUGGCCUGGGAGCAGAGGAGACAGACGAGGCAGAGAAUGCGGAAAUGGUGGGCAGCAGGAGGGAGAGCAACGCGAUGGCUGGUAUGAGGGGUGCUGCUGCUGUGGAGAAGGAUUCGGGACCAGAGGACGGGAUAGCGGCUGCAGAGGAGGGAGUGGCGGCGAUCCACUAUGCGGAGCCAGUGGAGAUAACGGAGGACGGCUCGUUGAUGAUGGCCCGGAGCAAAAUAGAGGAGGAGGUGGCAAAGCGAAACACGGAUGAGGAGGAGGAAGGGGACGGCAGCGACGAGGAAGAGAGGGAACGCGAGGCUGUCGAGGAGGGAUCGACCGGAGUGUCGGAGAUGGAGGAGGAAGCAGAGGGAGGAGACGGUGCGGAGGACGGAGAAGGAAUGGUGGUGGAGGCGCAAAUGGAGAAGGAGAAGGAGUGUGUGGAUACGGUGGCUGCGCAGACAAGAGAGAGGGGUUUAAAAGAAGGAGUGGAUAUAUCUCUGGAGCAGAGAAAGUCGAAGAGGCUCCUGGUGAUGAAGAACGAGAUGAAGAAGAAGAGGAGUAAAGCGAGGGGAGUGACUGGGAAAAUUGGGCUGCGGUCUCCAUGCUGAUUAGUGUUGCUUUAAACAUGGAGAAGUGUAGCAUUUGCAGCAAAAGUUUCACUUUAAAGUCUAACUUGACACGACACAUGAAGACCCAUCUUGCUAAGGAAAACAAGUGUGAUGUUUGUGGGAAAGAAUUCACUGUCAAGCAUCAUUUACAGUCCCACCUCAAGCAACACCAGUACCCAAAGAUCCCUUUGUACAGGCCGGGAGAGGCAAGGCU